AGGUCUCCGCACAUUAUUUUCAUCAUUGUCGACGACAUGGGUUGGAACGACGUGAGCUUCCACGGCUCUGACCAGAUACCUACCCCGAACAUCGACGCACUGGCCUACCAUGGGGUCAUCCUGAACCAGCACUACGUGCAGGCCAUCUGCACGCCUUCCAGGGCAGCCCUCAUGACGUCCAGGUACCCAGUCCGCAUAGGUAUGCAGGGUGUGCCGAUAUACGCAGCGGAACCACGCGGCCUUCCCGAAGGCAAGAUCCUGCCGCAGUACCUGAAGGAGCUGGGCUACGUCACCAGGGCCGUGGGCAAGUGGCACCUGGGCUACCACAUGAAGGAGCUGACGCCCACGUUCCGCGGCUUCGACUCCCACCUCGGCUACUGGAACGGCUUCGUCGGUUACUACGAUUACAUCCUGCAAGCCGGGAACCUCAACGGGUACGACCUGCGGCGCAACAUGAGCACCGCGUGGGACCUCUCUGGGCGCUACGCCACCGACGUCUUCACAGAGGAGGCCGAGCGGCUGAUCGCGGACCACGACGCCAGGAAGCCGCUCUUCCUCUACCUGGCGCACCUCGCGAUGCACGCCGGGAAUCCAGCGAGGCUGCUGGAAGCUCCGCAAGAGUACGUCAGUCGCUUCAGCUACAUCUCAGACCCGAACCGACGGGUGUACGCAGGGGCGAUGGCCAAGCUGGAUGAGUCCGUGGGGCGAGUGGUGACGGCGCUGGAGCGACGUGGCAUGCUGGAGAACUCCGUCAUCGUCUUCUCCUCAGACAACGGAGCGCCCACGAUCGGCGAAUACCCCAACUGGGGCUCCAAUUACCCUUUUAGAGGACUAAAGGAGACGCUUUGGGAGGGCGGGGUUCGUGUCGCGUCGCUGGUGUGGAGUCCGCUGCUGCAGAACACGCCCAGGGUGUCCCACCAGCUGAUGCACAUCACCGAUUGGCUGCCCACGCUCUACUCUGCCGCCUGUGGUGACGUAUCCUCGCUGCCCCGUGACCUUGACGGCGUGGACCAAUGGGAGGCGCUGGUAAAGGGCACGCUGUCCCGCCGCACGGAGCUGCUGCUCAACGCCGACGAGUCGAGUGAGACGGCCGCCGUCCGAGUCGGAGACUGGAAGCUCGUCGUAGGAACGCUGCAGAACGGCUCUCUGGACGGCUUCUUAGGUGCCUCUGGGAGAGAGGACGCAGCCCACACGCCGCCUUACGACCCAGAGGCCAUAGCCUCGAGCCCCUGCGGGCGCGCAGUGUCGCGAGCUGUAGGCGCCGCGACGCCUGCAGACGCCAUGCUGCGGCUGCGACGCGACGCCACCGUCAGCUGCGCGUCCAACUCGUCGACGCCGCGGUGCGUGCCCAGGUCCAGCUACGAGGCGUGCCUCUUCAACCUGAGGGAGGACCCCUGCGAGCAGGAGGGCGUGGUGGCCGGUAGCCAGCCCCUCCUCAAGGACUUCCUGCUGGAGCGCCUCGUCGCCCUGCGGACGCCCUGGGUACGGCAGGCAGACCUUCUGCUGCAGAACUCAGUUGCCGAUCCUGCCCGCUUCAACAACACCUGGUCGCCCUGGACAGACUGCCUGUGGGACUACACCUAUUCUUUCUGCAACCACGUCUGA